GCAGAAAAUUCUUCAGGAAGUUACGCAAGUUCUACUACUCGAAGCGGCAACUUCUUGAGGCGGCCGACAGGUAGGCAACGUAGCACCAGGUAUGCGGGCAGGUAGGCAAGUCAAUCUGGGAGCGCGCCUGCGCUCACGCCCACCUGCUCGAAGGUUGCCUGUUGGGCCGACAGUCUCCUUCAGACGACGAGAGACUCGCAAGCAGAGGGGAACCGCUGCUUUUCUCCGCCGCGCGCUCAGCAACAACCUGAAGAAGUGACCGUGUGGGUGACCAUGACUUUGUGAUCCGCGCCCGGAGCGCCCAACUUUGACCAAAAGAAAGCACCUUCCGAGGACCUCCAAAGCUAGAGAGAAUCAUGGCCUCCCCGCGUGCCGGUUCGGACGCGACGCCGAUCUGUCGGUGCCGGGUGUUGUACCUGGGCUCGUCGGUGCCGCACAUCACCAAGGACGGUCUGCAGGGCAUCCAGGAGCCGCUGCGCGAACUGUACCCUGAGCAGGGCGCUUCGGGGGCGCGCGGCAUUGAUUCGUGGCUAAGCGUGUGGAGCAACGGCCUGCUGCUGGAGAACGUGGACGAGAACCACAAGAAGGUGACGCGCUUCUUUCCCAUCGACUCGCUGCACUACUGCGCCGCCGUCAGGUACGUGAUGGUGCCCAACAGCAGCCCGAACAUGGCGGCGCCGCCCCGCUUCUUGCCCCUGGACUCGCCGUUCGCACGCUACCCCAACGCCCAACACCCGCCUCUGUUCGCGGCCAUCCUGCGCCGCACCACCGGUAUCAAGGUGCUCGAGUGUCACGCGUUCAUCUGCAAACGGGAGAUGGCGGCCAACGCGCUCGUAAAGUGUUGUUUCCACGCGUACGCCGACGCUUCGUACGCCAAGCAAAUCGACGCCGGCAGUCGCUACGGCACCCUGCAGCCGCCGCCGGCCAAGGCGGGCUCCGUCCUCGGCGAGGCGGCCUCCAGCAUCGAGAAGGUGGAGGGGUGGCGAACGAACGGCGCCAGCACCAACGGCACCAACACCCUGGUCAGGAACGAGGAGAACACCCCCGGCAUCGACGACAUCUCCAUCUACAACGGCGACGAAAACCACAAGGUGUGGGCCGGCGCUGAGCAGGGAGACUUCAACGCCAGCACGCUCAGAUCAACGCGGUCCUCCCGCCCCCGGCAGAUGAUGCAACCGGGCAAGACACCACCCCCGCCGCCGCCACCGCAGGUGGAGGAGACCUCUUCGAAAAAGGGCAAGAGCAAGAAAAAGCAGCUCCAGCGCGACCCUGAGUUGAUCAACGGAGGGGCGCACACCCUGAUGCGGCCCGUGCGCGGCGCCCACUCGGUCAGCGGCACCCUGAUGAGGCCCAUCAAUGGUCAUCCGCCGCCCAUGAACGGCUACGGACCGCCCCCGAUGCUGGUGAUGCACCCUCAGGCCGGUAGACACGUCGCUCCUCGUCUGGUCGGCACCUUUUCGCACAGACCCAAGCAGUUGCGACCGGUGCCGCCGCCGUUCAUCCCUCCGCCGCCGCCCUCAGCCCUGAUGACCACCCGGCGACCUGUGAAGCACUACCAGGAGGAGCCGAUUUACAUGCCGAGCGCGGCGCGGCCGCUGAGUCCCGUGGCGUCCUACCAGCCGGGACACUUCCCGCACGAGACGUACCUGGCGCAGAUGAUGCCGCCCAUGGGCAACCCCUACGUGCCCAUGGAGACAGCCACCCUGAUGCGGAACACGCCGGCUAACGUCAAGAAACGGUCCAAGUCGAAGAAGAUGUCGCGCCAGGAGCAGGAGGACGAGUCGCCCUUCAACACGGGCAUCUACCGCAAAAAGGGCCACAUGAACGAAAGGGCCUUUUCGUACUCAAUUCGGCAGGAGCACCGGUCGCGCUCCUACGGUUCGCUGGCCAGCCUCAAGUUCGAGAACGGCGGCGGCGACUCGCCUGGGAAGGAGGACUCGAAGAAGGAGCGCGAGAUCAUUCAGAUGAUGCAGGAUUUGGACAUGUCCGGCGAGGAGCCGCCGCCUCCGCCGCACGUCAACGGAAACGGACACCCCAUGAUGAACGGCAUGAACGGCAGCCACCCUAUGAUGAACGGAAGUCACCCCAUAAUGAAUGGCAACGGCUACGAGUCCAGACCCAUGAGGGCCACUGUUGGACGACGAUAAAACUUCCAAUCGUAGACGCGUGUUUCGAGCCUUGAACGAGAAUCGCCGCCGUGUCUUUCCCUCGGAAGUGAACUAUAGUGAGCCGCGGAAAAUCGCUAAUUUUCUCCACGUGCCAUGAGUGCACAGAAACACUUGACUGAAGCCGCAGAAAAAGAGUGUAAAUAGGAAAAGACAUUUUAUUACGUACGAGGAGUUCAGUGCCAUUACCAUAUAGCCAGAUUAAAUAAAAAUUAAAACACAAGUAAUCAUCACUCUACUUUACAGCAUAUAGAUACGUGUAUUGUUCUAUUUUUCUGCGUAACAAUAAUUACUCUGGUGGUUAAUUGUAUUAUUUAAAUAAAAAUCUUUUACCGGGGAGAAGUGCUUGCAAAUUUUUUUGAAUCAAUUUCGCGGAAAGCAGCUUGCAUUUUUAGAUUGAAUCUCCUCCAUGUUGGAUUUCUAAUUUUAUUAAAUGUAUUCUUUGCUAUAGUAUUACUCCUGUGAGCAUUGUGAAUUGUUGUGAGAUUUAUAAAUGUGUAAUAAUUUAAUGUAAAUGUGUCGAUCACACACUCGCGCGAAUAUUAUUGAACAAAAAUAAGGAAGAAACUAGCUGCUGCCACGAUGUAAAUUAUUAUAAUUUUAUGCAGUUUGGGAGGACCAACCUCACCAGAAUCAUAAAUAAGAAAUGAAGUAAUCAGCAAGUCAAAUGUGAACCAUUAUGUCAUACUUUUAAAUGGACCUUCUUGUAAUUCUUACCCUCAAAGACUAAAGAGCAAUCUUUUCAUACAAUAUUUCAAUAACAGUGUGAACAAUUUUGAACAAAAUAAAGUAUUAUGCGUAAAACAA